UCUAAGGGUUAUGUUAGGUUAGGUUAGUCACAACAUGCUUGUUUACAUUGGAAACUUCUGGUUUAGCAGCUCCAGUGGCGUUAAUUCCAAAGAACCUAGAAUAUUUUAAGAAAUUAUAGAAUAUUAAUGGUUUGUUAUGUUCCCCCAGAAUCGUCUUCCUCAAUUCUUUGUUCUGUGGAAAAUGGAAAUACUGUUAAUACUCAAGAUGUUACUGUGUCAGAAGAUUCCACCAGAGAGCAAGUUGGUUUACAAGUGAUCGCUAGACAUUUGGCCAAAAUUGAGAAGCAUUUGGAUGUUAUUCAGCAAUCUGUAUCAGAAUUAUUAAAGCAGACUUUACCAGACACUGUACAGAACAUAAAUAUUUUACCAGAAGAGUUGACUCUUCCAUGCGAGACUGAAGAACAACUCAACAAAGUGGAAGAAUGGAUAUCAAUCCCAGAAAAUAAGAUAUGUAUGCUGCUGUUAGAAGAAAUAAAUCCACUAGCAACAUCUGUGAUGAUGAUGUGAAUACCAUUUUACGGAACUGGUUCCGUUUCGCAAAGGACAGGGAUGGAGGUCGAGACAGCAGAAGACAGUCGGCUAAAUAGAAAAAGACAUCAGAAAAAUGUCUACUGUGGAAGUUCAAAGAGAACUAAUUUGCGAAAAGUGGCAGUUCGUUCAAAAGAAAUUUGUCAAGAAUUAUGUAAUGAAAUUCAGCACAAUUAUGUAAAUGUUACUGUAAACACACACACUAA